AUAAAAAAAAGUAGUGAUAAGAUUUAUAUACAUACACACCCAAUAAUAAUCGCUUGCUCUGACGUUUAUCCGGCUAUUUCUUAAUUUUAUUGAAGUAAAAAUUAAUGAUGACUUUGCCAUUACCAAUACCGCCUUGUGCUAAAAGAGACGGCAUCAGUGGAUUGGCUUGUGAUCGCUUUGAAUAUGCUAGUACCAUGGCGACUACAUUAUUAGCCCCGGUAAAAACAGAAAGGGAAAUCUUGGAACAUUCUAUGUCCGAGGAUGAUCCUAAUGCUAAUACGCAAUUCCCAAGCAAUGCAGGAUCGCAACUUCGAUGGGGCCCCCGCCACAAAGGAGCUCAAGAACUUGCAGAACUCUAUAGUCCAGGCAAACGACUGCAAGAAUGGGUGUGUGUGGUGGUUUGUUGCACAUUAUGCGUUUCUGCCGGCAUAUUGAUGGCCAGACACAUUCGCGCGGAUGCCUCACUAUUAUUAGCAGCAAUUGCUGGUGUCCUAACGGCAGAUUUUGCUUCGGGCGUAGUGCACUGGGCUGCUGAUACUUGGGGAGCGGUUGAUCUACCUCUUAUAGGCAAAAAUUUCCUACGGCCUUUCCGUGAACAUCACAUUGAUCCUACAUCAAUUACUCGACAUGAUUUUGUGGAAACAAAUGGUGACAACUUUGCGAUAACUAUACCUGUGCUUGCGCGUAUCGUAUGGCAGUUGUUGACUUAUGAUAAUAUUAGCCUUGACAAAGAGUUCCAUUGGAUUUCAUAUUGGUAUCUAUGUUGCAUAUUCGUGGCAAUGACUAAUCAGAUUCACAAGUGGUCGCAUACGUAUUUUGGACUACCAUGGUGGGUGGUGUGGUUGCAAGAGUGGCACAUAGUCCUACCACGGCGUCAUCAUCGUAUUCACCACGUUGCGCCGCACGAGACUUACUUUUGUAUCACCACCGGUUGGCUUAACUGGCCCUUGGAAAAACUUCGUUUUUGGUCCACCUUAGAGACAUUUAUUGAGGCCUUAACCGGAUGUAAACCUCGUGCUGAUGAUAUGAAAUGGGCACAGAAACGUUCCUAGAAUGUAAUUAAAUAAGUAGGUAGUAAUGUUUUUAUACUACCGUCGAUACUCGUCCACAUCUACCAAAUCAAUUAAUAGAUAGAAUUUAAUUAAAAAUGAGUUUAAUAACAAUA